GCGCAGAGUUGCCACCUCCCCAUCCAUCCGCGCGAGGCGCGGGGGGUCCCGCCCUUCCUGCCUGGGAGGGAGGAGACGGGGGCGGCGGCCGGAGCCAGACGGGAAGAUGGCGGACCUGGAGGAGCAACUGUCCGACGAGGAGAAGGUGCGCAUAGCAGCAAAAUUCAUAAUUCAUGCUCCUCCUGGGGAAUUCAAUGAGGUGUUCAAUGAUGUUCGGUUGCUGCUUAAUAAUGACAAUCUUCUCAGGGAAGGAGCAGCCCAUGCAUUUGCACAGUACAACUUGGACCAGUUUACUCCAGUAAAAAUUGACGGUUAUGAUGAACAGGUUUUGAUAACAGAGCACGGUGAUUUGGGAAAUGGAAAAUUUUUGGAUCCCAAGAACAAGAUUUCUUUUAAAUUUGAUCACUUAAGAAAGGAGGCUACUGAUCCUAGACCCCAUGAAGUUGAAAAUGCCAUAGAAUCCUGGAGAAAUUCAGUUGAAACAGCAAUGAAAGCAUAUGUGAAAGAACACUACCCAAAUGGUGUCUGCACAGUGUAUGGUAAAACAAUUGAUGGACAGCAGACCAUUAUUGCUUGCAUAGAGAGCCAUCAGUUCCAAGCAAAAAAUUUUUGGAAUGGCCGCUGGAGGUCGGAAUGGAAGUUUACAAUCACCCCUUCAACCACUCAAGUGGCUGGCAUCUUAAAAAUUCAGGUUCACUAUUAUGAAGACGGUAACGUUCAGCUGGUGAGCCAUAAAGACAUACAGGAUUCUCUAACAGUGUCUAAUGAAGCUCAGACAGCGAAGGAAUUUAUAAAAAUCGUAGAGGCUGCAGAAAAUGAGUAUCAGACUGCUAUCAGUGAGAACUAUCAGACCAUGUCGGACACUACCUUCAAGGCCUUACGUCGGCAGUUGCCAGUUACCCGCACCAAGAUUGACUGGAACAAGAUCCUUAGCUAUAAGAUUGGAAAAGAGAUGCAGAAUGCUUAAAGUGAACAUUGCAUGACUGGAGCAUUUUAGUGUCCUUGUGUACAAAUAAAAAUUAGUACAAAAAGUAUUUGGAACUGUCAAAUCACCCAGUCAGCAUGGGCUUUUGCCAUUGAAAAUCACUGUAAGUAGUUUGGUUAGAGCACAAAGCUUAGCUAAUUGACUUUUUUCGUUUUCUUUUCCUUCCAGAGGAUUGCAACUUCAGUAUAGCUGAAUAUCUUCCUUUAGAGUUUCUGUUUUACCUUUAUUUUUUUAUAAUGAAGAGACCAUGCCUUUAGUUUUCAAUUAUGCAUUAAGAACAGUUUGGAAAAUAUUUUUGCAUAUGAUAACCCUUUCUCUUGCUUUCAUGUGAAAUUGACGGCUUCCAAAAUUUGCCGUAUUCCUUGUGGAGAUCAAUAAUGUGCAUUUGUAGGUCAAGGUCAACAUGGAGUUAGCCAUAGGUGCUGUUUUUGAAAUCAUCUAGUCUUUCACUCUCUGUAAAAUUGGGAAAAGUAUUUUCUUUAUCAUUUAAACCUUUCAGAAUACUUAUUUAACUAGCUCCAUGGUAACUCAGUUUUGUUUGGUUUUUUUUAAGAAAAGGCCAAGGUCUAAUGCUGUUUUAAGAUUUUGAGAUUGAAUAAAAAUACUUAUUUCAGAAAUGCAUUUAAUGCUUUGUUCCUGACAAUUACUUAAAUGAGCUUAAACUCCAUCUGCCCUUGAGGUUUUUUAUCAUAAAGCCACAAAUGUAUUAUAACAAGGCAUAUUGUAAUAUAUAUAAUCCUGUACUCAUUACUGUGUCUGUCAGUUUAUUUUUUUUCUUGGAUUGAAAUGUACUAAAAUUCAAUGUGACAUUAAAAUGCAAAUUUUCUAUUUAUUUGAGUAUCAGAUUGCUUCGUGCUAAAGCCUAUUUUUGGUGUUUCUAUAUAUUUUUAAAAUACUGCUUGAAACAGCCACAAACUUGUGGCCUCUUGGCUAUUCUCAGUGUUUUUGGAUAUUGUUAUAUUAUCAACUCUUGUUUCCAUCUGCAUUUAAGAAGCAUCUACAUAUGGAAGUCUACUUAAGACAAGUACCUUUAGUUUCACAUUGGCUACAGAGGAUGGAAGAAAUCACAAGACCAAAAAUAACACAUUAUCUUGAGAAUACUUUCCCUGUCUAGUGUAUCAUAUAUUGAAAAUGGAUGUCAGGUAUUUAAAAACAUAGACUUCAUUACAAAUGCUCUUUAACUUCUCUGAAAUGCAUAUAUUUGAUUUUAAAUUGGAUGGAAACCUAUUUUAAAAUGUGGUAAUUAUUUAUAAGAUCAUGAGGAAAAAUUUUACUAGGUUUUUUGUGGGGUUUUUUAGGGUUGUUUUUUUUCUUUUCUUUUUAGAGGCCAGGUAUUUUUUCACACUCCUAAACCAGUAAAACUUACACAAUGGUUUCAUAUCUUUGUUUCUAGCAUGAGCAAUUUAAUUACCUUAAAAUAUUAAUUUACAGCAUAGCACGAGAAUCUAGACUUGUACUUGAGUAUAAAAAUAUACACACAAAGUAGUUUACUGUUUGAAUGGUAAUAGCAAUACCCCUAUAUGCUGUUGUUCUUCAGUAGUCUUUUACAAAGGGGUAUAGAAUCAACUGAAGUUCUUGAAAUUAAUGCUACUUUACAGUGCUAAACUGUAUAGUAGAAGAGUGGAAUUUGCUCUACCACAGUCUUCCUGUAGAGUUGCCCUCUUAAUUAUCUUCUUAGUGAACCAUGUUACUCUUUAAAAGAAGGUAUAUAAAACCUGUAAGUGAGCUACUAGCACAUGCUGAAACACUGUCAAGUCAGUCUGUCAGUCAUAACUAAGUUUUAAAUACAAAUCUUGGUUGAAGAAUUUCUUCUGUGUAUUUAAGAACAAACUAAAAAUAAGAGACAGUGAGUAGACAGCUAGGAGAACUGUUCAUGGGCAACAACGCUGCAAAUAAGUUUUCUAGCUGUUAGAAUAUUGUGUAUGACCUGAAUCAGCACUGGCUAAAAGUCAGAAUGCUAUUUUUCUUACAUGAAAUAAAAAGCUAGUUUUAAAUAUAUUCCUAAUAAAGAGGUAUUUUACUGUGAAGUACUCUAGUACUGUGUUUCCCUGUUUAUUCAGUCCUGUGAUAGUCUUAAUUCCUUAUCUUCAAAGAAUAGCAUCCGACGGGUUGAUUUCUAUCAGUGGGUAGAUCUGUAUUGCUUCUAUUUUUUUCCUGUUGUGUUGUAUUUUAGUCUGUGAGAUAAUUUUACACCUUGAACAUCAAAUAUAUUAAGUUAUAACUUCAAUAAAGCCAUUUAUAUGUAAGUCAACUAUUCUAUUACUUUUUCAAAAUGGUAUGCUCUAUCAUAUUUAAGGGUAAUGACUCCCCAGGUGAAACUGACCUGAGUAUCAGCUGAGGCACAUGGCAUAUUUGCAGUUCUUGAUUUCUCUUAAAAUUUGGCAUGUCACUUUGUUUCUACCCCUUUAAAUUGAAGAAAUUUAGAGCUUGCUUGGUAGGCUUUAGGGUAUUUCAUGUAGUAAAGUACCUUCUCUGAGAAAUUUUGUUUUGUCAUUUGUCUUAAUGUGAAUUGCUAUUAGUUUAUAUUCUAUUUUUAAAGAUAAGAUUUGUAUUGUGGAAUGUUGAUGUACUAAACAUUAUGGCUUGUAAUAUGGACUUGUAAAAUGCUUGCAUUUAUGAAGUGUAUUAUAUCUUGUGCAUCUCAGUGCUCCUUUAUACAAAGGAAAUUUCAACUUAUGCAAGUAAGCAAUUGUUCUUUCUGAACACGUGCAACAGGAAUGACAAUUCAGCUUUCAGUUUAUCCUGAGCAGACCUUUUUUAAUAUGUCUGUCCUAAGCCAUACUGCAGGUAGAAUGAAGCUUUAAAAUUAUUGUAAUUUUGGUUAUAUCACCACUGCUUUUUAUGCUUUAGAUGUGGAAAGCAAUUCUCCUGGCUCGUUCAGUUGGGAACACUGCAGCAUAGUUCAUAACUAAAUGGUUGUUUAGCCUAUGGUUAAAAGUACUGUAUGAAAGUGCAAACCCUAACACUUGUGUUCUCUUCAGGGUACAACUCCAGCCACGUCUUAUGGCAGUGAUGUAGUUUGUGCAGUCUGGGAGUAAAUGCAUUCCUCUUCCCUGCUUGGCAUGUUCUCUUUUUUCUGACAAAGCGGUUUUUGUGCUCUUGAGUUCCCUUCCUCUGGGAGAAAUCUGAACUGAGAGAUGGGCUCUGAAUGUCCACCACAUGGCCUCCAGCUUCUAAUGGUGAUGUGAGUCCAUAGCAGUGGUUUCCUUCAGGCAGCUUGAAAACACUUAUGCAUUGUGGAUGUCUGGAUGAUCAGACUGAACUUGGCCUUCAAAUUUCCAAACUGUAUAUACUGUAGGUAGAGGCUGAACAUCAAUUGUCUGAUUCUGUGGAUUCACUGCUAUCGUACUGAAUUACUUGCUGACCCAGACAUAGCUUCUGCCACAUAUGUUUACUGGAAAGACUACAACUGUUCUUCCUCUGAUACAACUGUAAACUAGGUUUAGAUUAAACUUAGUUUGUUCA